AGGCAAAUCAGAGAGAGAAUCCAGAAUUGAAAAAUCCAUCAAAAAAAAAAAUGACCAGCAUCGUUGCUAAGCUUCUCCGCUUCCACUCCUUGGCUUGAGAAUCAAUCUCGUUCGUUCAAAAAUGGCAGCAGCCCUGGGUUCGCCCUCUCUCAUCCCCUCUUCUCUCUGCUUCUCCGGCGAUGGUCCCCCGUCCCUCUCUUCUUCGUCGUCGUUAAGUUUCUCAGUAGGCGGUACCAAUCACAAGAGGAGCUUCUUAUCCGUUUCCUCUUCACCUUAUCGAAGAAGGGGAAUCUAUCGGGGGCGGCGUUCCGUAGUGGUGGUGUGUGCUGCUUCGGGAGACUACUACGCUACUCUGGGUGUGCGUAAAUCUGCCAACAUCAAGGAGAUUAAAUCUGCCUAUCGCCGCCUCGCCCGUCAGUAUCAUCCCGAUGUGAACAAGGAACCUGGCGCAACCGACAAGUUCAAGGAAAUCAGUGCUGCCUAUGAGGUGCUAUCAGAUGAUCAAAAGAGAGCACUCUAUGAUCAAUAUGGUGAAGCCGGUCUUAAGAGUUCUGUAGGAGGAGGACCUUCCGCUACUUACACGACAAAUCCCUUUGACCUCUUCGAGACAUUCUUUGGUGCGAGUAUGGGCGGAUUUCCCGGGAUGGACCAAGCUGACUUUGGAACAACUUCUCGCCGCUCCAGGGUCUCCAAAGGUGAUGAUUUACGCUAUGACAUCACCUUACAACUGUCGGAGGCUAUUUUUGGAUCUGAGAAAGAAUUUGAUCUUACGCAUCUGGAGACAUGCGAAGCUUGUGCUGGCACCGGUGCAAAACCUGGGUCUAAGAUGAGAAUAUGCUCCACUUGUGGUGGCCGGGGUCAAGUUAUGAGAACUGAGCAAACCCCAUUCGGCUUGUUUUCACAGGUUUCUGUAUGUCCAAACUGUGGUGGAGAUGGUGAGAUCAUUUCGGAAAAUUGCCGGAAAUGCUCUGGAGAAGGACGUGUGCGUAUUAAAAAAAGCAUCAAGGUCAAAAUUCCUCCAGGUGUUACCGCAGGUAGCAUCCUUAGAGUUGCCGGGGAAGGUGAUUCUGGUCCCAGAGGUGGACCUCCAGGAGAUUUGUAUGUAUAUCUUGAUGUUGAAGAUGUCCGUGGGAUUAAAAGGGAUGGCAUAAACCUCUUAUCUACUCUUUCCAUCACUUACCUUGAUGCUAUACUGGGUGCGGUUGUUAAGGUGAAAACAGUAGAAGGAGACACUGAACUGCAGAUACCUCCGGGUACUCAACCUGGUGAUGUGCUGGUCCUGGCAAAGAAAGGAGCACCAAAACUGAAUAGACCAUCUAUCCGCGGUGACCACUUGUUUACAGUCAAAGUUACUAUACCAAAUCAAAUAAGUGCUGGAGAACGGGAGUUACUGGAGGAACUUGCUUCUCUGAGUGAUACGUCUAGCAACCGGCUGCGAACUCGUGCUAAGCCUCAGCAAUCCACUACUCUAAACAGUGCACCUAUUAGCUCAGAAAACAGGACGGAUGAAGUUAGGGAGAAAAGCCAAGAACCGGAGCAAGAAAACGACUUGUGGAAGAACAUCAAAGAUUUUGCAGGAUCGGUCGCAAAUGGAGCCCUGAAAUGGCUGAGAGAUAACCUCUAGAGAUCCAUGUUCAACUAACAUGACCUGCUUUAAAAGUGGGCUUAUGCGUCUUCGGCCUCAGAAUCUGGGUUGGGCUACGCAAAUCAACAACGGCUGUUCUUUUUUAUUUCGUCAAGGUUACAUUUAAUUAAAAGCGCCAUUAUUAGUUUCACUAGCAAAAGAAAGCAAGUACGAGCAAGCCGAGUUCGAGGUGGCGGAAAGGGGAAGGCUCAACCUGCUCCCGACGAUCUCAGCCCCCUUCAAGAGACCAUUUCGGGAUCCAGAUCUUGGCGGAGAAAUCGUCGCGCGCGAAGGGGUUGAGGGCGGCGGAGCAGGUGCGGCAGCGGAGGGGAGCGUAGGGGACGGAUUGGAUGUCGCGGUGGUAGCGGAUCGGGGAGAUGCAGGUCACGACGGGGACGACGCACUUGCUGGUUUCGACUUUGUUGCGAGGCCAGACGUUCCACGUCAUCCGGACUGAGUCGAUUCCUUCGGGAUCGAGGCUCUCCAUCUCUGCCAUGAUUUUAUUGAUCGAUAGGAGGAAAGAUUCAACAACAAUUGGGAGAAACGUUAAUCAACGGUUGCCUUGUCGGAGCUCUGACGCCGAGGUUUUCCAUGUGAGGAGAGUCGGCUUUGGAGUAACGGCGCGGCCGUUCUGAAGGAUUGUGGUGGAGAUGGAGCGGCUUGCAUGUUGUAGUCGUUUAACCCGGGAGAUGGAGGCUAACCUAUAUCCAUCAUCGUCGGUCUUGUUGCGGGAUGGGGUGGAGGCUUCCUCAGUUCUACCGUCGCCGCUCUAGCUUUUGGGAAGAGGAGGCUCAAUCAGCUCCUUCUUCGCCGGUUUUGGUCACGGAGGGUGGAGGCUAACAAAGCUCCGCACUGUCGUUGUGGAAUCCCGGGUCUUUUGGGUUGAGGUGACGGUUUCGAUUUGUUGAAGGUUGAGGUGAGUCGUGGGUCGCAACGGUUAAGAUCUCAAGAAGAAGAUCUCCGGCGACUGUUUCUUUUGUUUGAAGAGAAGGUUAGCGGUAGUUCUCGUCGUUCUUGUCUAGGGUUUCCGGUGGUUCAUAGGCGGAAGAGAUCUCGUUCAACGAUUGAACUCUCCUGCGGGGUGACAAGGCGGCGUAGAAAUCCGAUGGCGCGGAGGCUCUUUAGGUUCGGAGCUCCGGCGAAUAGUUGUGACGGUGGAAAGCGUCGGUGGCUGUGCGUGGAUGGGGCGACUAAGUUGAGGCGAGUGACACGUGGAGGGCGGAUCAUCCAGAUCAUAGCACGUGUUCUGCUCUGCUUCCUUCCCGCGCGUCCAGAGCAACCACGGCGCAGCGUUUGUGGGCCUUGGGCCAUGUGUCUUAUUUGGGCUUCGGCCGGUUUUUUUUCUGUUGCCCAUGUCUUUCUUGGGUUUUGUGGGUUGUAAGCGAGUGGUCUUGGGCCUCGGCCGUGGGCUAGGCCCAAUAGUUCAAUAAAAUUUCAAUUUGGGAAAAAAAAAAAAAAAGAAAGCAAGUACUACUA